AUGGCGGAGGAGCAGAUGGAGGAGGCGGCGUCGUCGUCCGCGGCGGCCUCCGGCACGCCGUUCCAGCUCCAGUUCGACAAGCCCAUCCCCUUCCAGAUCAAACUGGCAGAGUGGAAUCCAGAGAAGGAUCUCCUUGCUAUGGUUACUGAUGACUCCAAGGUUCUCCUCCAUCGCUUCAACUGGCAACGGCUAUGGACUAUAUCCCCUGGGAAGUGCAUCACAUCAAUUUGCUGGAGCCCUGACGGUAAAAUAGUAGCGCUUGGUACAGAAGAUGGCUUGGUUCUUUUGCAUGAUGUUGAGAAUGGGAAGAUGUUACGAAGUAUAAAAUCUCAUGAUGUUGCCAUUGUAUGUCUGAAUUGGGCGGAAGAUGAACCACUAUCAAGGACUGACAAGAAAGACUUGUUAUCUUAUGAAGACCGCACUACACGUUUCUUUCCUCCUGCUCCCGUGAUGCCUAGGAUAGGUGGGCUCAAUUCGGGAGAUACUGGUCUUGCAGAUGAGAAUGAAGAAGCCAUUCAGGCAUUUUCAAGUGCUUCGUGUCAAUGGUUUAAUAUUCUGUCCACUGGUGAUAAAGAUGGUUGCAUUUGCUUCAGUAUUUUUGGAAUAUUUCCAGUUGGAAAGAUAAACAUAAAUAAGGUUCCAAUCCAUGUACAAUCCUCUGGAAAAAGAACUAGCUACCGACUUCAGGAUGUUUCCAUAAGCAAGGUCUCUUUAUCAAGAAAUCUCCAUCAGUUGGUUCUUCUGUGCUCCGGAAAGCUGAUUAAUACUGACAACCUUUCUCUCAGUUAUGAUAUUUCUGUUGGGGUACAUUGUUUACACCUUGAUACUUCUAUCUUUUCCAACAGGAAAAAUGAGCUACAUCAGGUGUCCCAACAAGCGUCAAGUAUUCAAGAUCUGGUCGAAGUUGUCCGUGCUUCCAUAUCUAUGAUGUCCAAACAAUGGUCGAAUGCUAUGAACUUAUUUCAUGAGAAAUUUAGUGCCUUGCCCUCUCUGCUUACUGCCCAUGGGAUGGAAUCUAGCUCCGAGGAUGAGUUUAUGAGCCUUUUGUUUGGGACACAUACAAGUCCGGCUCUACAUCAAUUUCUAGUCAGCUCCCUUGGUGAAGCGGGUCUCAAGAGGAUAGCUAAAACUAUUGAAAGUGCUGGAAGAGAACUUCGUAUUGUUGUCAGUGAGCAUCUUCAGCCUGCAGUCGAAAUUAUUUCAUUCAGACUUGCAGAACUGAGGGGCCUUGCAAGAUGGCGUUCACGAUUUCAGAACAUUGGGUUAGAUGAAAAGCUUAUGGAUGGUGUAACUGAGAGGGUAGGGAUGCUAGUUGUGCAAGUUGAGCGCUUUUCAAGAGUUGCAGCUACUGUUCUUUAUCUGUUUCAAAAUUUCUUCAGCUGGGUUUUGAAGUGUGUUAAGAUAUUGUUAAGUGAACCAACCGAUCAAGUUCCAUCCACAAACAGUGAACUUGUGGUGAUUUUUCUGAAGUUUCUUCUUGAUAAGGAUCCAAUCAAGCAGUUACUCGAAACAGAUCAGAUAUUUGAGUGGGAUAUUGAUACUACGAAACAUGUUGAGCAUCUAGUAGCUUUUGGAGGAUUUACAGACACACAAUUUUUGGAAAGGAGUUUGGCCAAGCAAUUUAUGGAGUUGGAAGAAAGCUUGAAGGAGGCUUUCUUGAUGCCAUUCACUACUAUAUCUUCACAAAUACAUUGUCAAGGAUUGCUUCCUCUUUAUCCUGUUACAUCGUCUGAUGCCUCACCAUCAACCAGUACUCCAGCAUCAAUUGCGUUCUAUAAGCAGGAUAAAGAUUCUCAGCAUAGUGCUUCUUCAUAUAGCUCGACUGACUACAUAUGCUUCAAGAUACCUGAUGGAUCGUUAAAUUUAAGAAAUUUCGUUGCUGUGAUAAAGGACUUCUGCAACUCACGUAGUACCUCCAGCACACCAUCACUUUCAGGUUUUCUGUUGCAUAUACCUGUGGAAUACGAGUGUGUUGAUCUGUCUCUUUACAAGGACAACCAGGUGGUUUUACUACUUAGUGGAAAGUCCAGCUCUGAAAGUGCCGGGAGAUCUUGGAUGGUUAUGCUGCAGACAGAGAACCUCUCUUUUUCACAGCUCUCAAGAACAUUCCCUGCAAAUUAUUACAAUCUCCAAGAAUUGGAGGUGCUGGAACACCAAUUGGAUACAAAUUAUGGAAAAGUUCGUAGCAUCCCUCACGCUUUGUCUACUCCGCUGGCAGUCAGUGCCUCAAGAGGAGUGGCUUGCGUCUUCUCAUCGCGGAGGCAUGCUUUGGUCUAUAUCCUCGAUGAGGACGAAGACGAGGAUGAAGAUGAAGAUUCUGAGAUGGAGUGA